UGUGUUUUUAAAAAGAGAAAAGGAAUAGGGUUUGGAUUUAAAAAUUUUGAUUUUUAUAAAUAGAGACAACAUUGGAAUCUGGAAAGCCUCCUUGGGCGUGAUGACUACUCUCGACCAUGACUGGCCCGAACCCAUUGUCCGUGUCCAAUCCCUGUCCGAAAGCGGCUGCCCCCUCCUUCCCAGCCGCUACAUCAAGCCACCCACGGACCGCCCCUCAGCCUCCGCCGUUACCUCCGCCCUCAACAUCCCUAUCAUCGACGUCCACGCUUUCAAUCUCGACCAGCCAGAGCUUCGAGCCACCGUUCUUGCCCAAGUCUCCGAUGCCUGCCGCAACUGGGGGUUCUUCCAAAUUGUCAACCACGGCAUCCGACCGGAGCUUCUCGACGGCGUCCGCCGUGCCUGGUAUGAUUUCUUCCACUUGCCGGUGGAAAGUAAACAGGGCUAUGCCAACAAUCCUAGGACUUAUGAAGGGUAUGGCAGCCGGCUUGGCGUUCAAAAAGGAGCUAUUCUUGAUUGGAGUGACUACUUUUUUCUUCACUAUCUUCCUCCUCGCCUCAAAGACCACAAUAAGUGGCCCGCUCACCCUUCGAGCCUCGGGGAUUUGAUUGAGGAGUAUGGGGAAGAAGUGGUGAAGUUAGGGGCAAGAUUGUUGAAGCUUUUAUCACUCAACUUGGGGCUUCAUCAAGCCUAUCUUCAAAAUGCAUUUGGAGGAGAAGAUGUUGGAGCAUGUUUGAGAGUCAAUUAUUACCCAAAAUGCCCCCAGCCCGACCUCACGUUGGGGCUAUCCUCGCACUCCGACCCCGGCGGAUUAACGCUACUCUUGCCCGACGAUCGAGUCGCUGGACUUCAAGUUCGAAAGGACGAUAAUUGGAUCACAGUCAAGCCAGCCCGCCAUGCUAUUAUAGUCAACGUGGGCGAUCAAGUUCAGGUUCUAAGUAAUGCAAUAUACAAAAGCGUGGAGCACAGAGUGAUUGUGAACUCGGACAAGGAACGAGUUUCGUUAGCCUUCUUUUACAACCCGAAAAGCAACAUUCCGAUAGGACCGAUAAAAGAGCUAGUCACACCGGAUAAACCUGCGCUUUAUUCCCCAAUGACAUUCGAUGAAUAUAGGGUUUACAUUAGGAUGAGAGGUCCUCAAGGCAAAUCUCAAGUAGAAUCAUUAAAGUCGCCAAAAUAAUUAUAAUUAUGAGUGGUUUGUACAAAUUAUAAAUUAAAAUUUUAAUCAAUAAAAAUAAUUAUAAAUCA